UUUUUUUUUUCUUUUUUUUUUUUCUCUCUCAUCUUUUAAAAAAAACUUUUUUUUUAUAUACAUUCAUAAAUAUGGUCGCUGCCACUGUUAAGAAAACCACCACUCCCGCCAAGAAAGCCGAACACCCUACCUAUGAGGCCAUGAUCAAGGCUGCUAUCCUCUCUUUAAAGGAAAGAAAGGGUUCUUCCAGACCUGCCAUCAAAAAGUUCAUUUUGGCCAACUACAAGGUCACCGCCGGUGCCCAUUUCGAUACCCAAAUCUCUGCUGCCAUCAAGCGUGGUAGUGCCAAAAACCUCUUUGCUCUUCCCAAAGGUAAAUUAUUAAAUUCAGUUGGUUGACAUGUGUAGAAGGGGACACAGGGGAGAUAGAUGGAUGAAGACGUGUGUGUCUGUGUGUCUAGAGGGGGAAAU